GUCUUUAUGUCUGCUGUGACGCAAAAAAGCUCCUCCAUUAUCUUUAUGAUGCAGCCAUCUUGUAGCUGAAAGACCUGCUUAUAUAUUCUAUCCUGACUUUUAGAUAAAGAUGCAAAAGCAAGGCAACAUACUCAGACCUGUGAUGAGCUAGCGAUCUGUGGAUAAACCGCUGGGCGAGUUUCAUUGUGUAACCCGGUUUUCUCUCAGUGUGAAAGCAGGUGGCUAGGUGUCCUGUUACCACCUUCCUGUGCCCACAAAGCAGUGUGCCAGCGGUGAGAAGCUGACCAGAUUGCUUUAAAUGGAAACUCGAAGGUUUCUGGAGGUGUGGAGGCUGAUGAAUGAAAACCAGUCCACCUACAUGAAAGCCGGUGCUUUGUUUUUCUCAUACCGUCUUAUGAGAGCUCAUGUUAUCGAUUCAUUUUUGGCUGCCUUUCACAUCACAGCUAAAAUAUUUCCAAAUGUUGAAGAUCUUUUUUAUUUGGAUGAGUUAUUCCGACAACUUAUGGCUUUAAUAAAUCGCAAAAAUUAUAGUCAGGCUAAAUUUCUUAGUGCACAGCAGCUGAAACAUGUCAAAUUUGAUCACAAGUUAAAAGUAAUUGACUUUUAUGGCACUGUCUAUGACCAUUUCCCUCUCUUUGAUAAACUUGUAUGUGCUGAAAUGAUUUACAACGAAACAAAUGAGAGUGCUAUCUAUGAAGAAAUAUUCAGCCAGUUUAAAUCAUUUGGUUACGUGAAGGCUUUGGGAGAUGCAGCAGAUCCAGCACUUAUACUGGGGUACUGUUUGACUACUGAACCAGUGCUGUAUAUUAAAGAUAAGAAGAAAAGAAUUUUUCAGCUGCAGUUUUUGCUGCUCGGCAAAGAAGAGCACAUGACCAUGUGUUUCAGAUUCUCCAUGAACAACUGGAAGCUCUAUGACAACGAUCAAGCAAAACCUUCUUUCCAGGAUUUCAACUUAAAAGAUCUUAGAUAUUCUGAGAUUUGCCUGGCUGGAUACGUCAACCUAACCCAAGCGCAGACAUAUAAAUUUGGCAUUGCUGAGACUCGAGAAGGAGCAGGAGCAAUGCCUUUCUAUUCAGGUACAAACAGUUCUCCGUUGGAUCCAGAUCUGCUCACUUACCCUGUAGCUAUUCCCGAGACUGGACAAGGAUUGGGACCAAGGCCUUUCUAUUCAAACUGGCCAGAUAUUCCCCCAAUAUCUGAUCAGGAGCAGCCAGUGGAAGACCAGCCAGUAGAAGACUAGCUCUGAAUCUAUUUAAAUAUAUACAAAAAUGUAUAUUUUUAAUCAAAUCCCAUUAUUCUCAGUAACCUACAAUUUGGCAGCAUUUUUUUUUUAAGGUUAUGUUAUUUUAGUUUGUUAUUUUCUUAGUUUCCAUCGGUUAGGUGGGAAGGACCCCAGGUCCGAUCUCCAAUCUGGAGAGCCUGGACCUUCCUUUUUUUUUUAUUGAUUUUCUCAUUUGCUGCCAAGUUCAAUUGUAUAAUUGAAUUUAUUCAUUUAUUCUGUUUUUCAUUAAAUAUGUACUAAGGA